AUCUAUCACGUAUUCAUUUAAAGAAAUUUAUACAUCGAGAUUUACAUUCAGGUAAUAUUUUACUAAAAGAACAAUAUGAAGCUUAUAUUACAGAUUUAGGGUUAUCAAUAUCGUUUGAUGAAAAACAAGAUGGUCAUAUAUAUGGUGUUUUGCCAUAUUUAGCUCCUGAGGUCUUAGAAGGAGAACAAUUCACCCAAGCAGCUGAUAUUUACAGUUUUGGAAUUAUUAUGAUAGAAAUAUCAACUGGUCAAAGGCCUUUUGAUGGUUACAAUUUUGAUGCUAAAUUAGCAAUAAAGAUUUGUAAUGGAAUUA